AUGAUUAAGUUUGUAGCAGUGAUAACAACAGACGUUUAAUCGCUUUUUACGCACAGUGCAAUAAGAAAUACGCGUUUAGUGAUAAAUCUUAAAAUAAACUAUUUAACAUUGUGCGACAACUGUGAAAAAAUUAUAUGUGCAAAAUGGUAAAAAUUUCAUCCCUUUUCUUUCUUUUCUUUGUUACAUUUUCAAAAAGUUACGAUUUGAAACAAGUUCUUAUAUUAAGUCGACAUAAUAUAAGAGCGCCACUCUCAUCAAAUUUACAUUAUCUCUCGAGUAACACGUGGCCGAUAUGGAACGUGGAUUCCGCAUUUUUAACUGCUAAAGGUGCAUUGCUUGAAGGUUACAUGGGACGUUUUAUAUCGAAUUGGUUAGUCAAAAAAGGUUUGCUACCAGCAGGAUGUCCUGAACAAAACACUGUGCGUGUUUACGCUAACACGAGGCAGAGAACAAAGGCAACUGCAAACGCAUUUGUAGACAGUGCAUUUAAAAACUGUAACAUAACUGUAUACAGCAAGGUUUCCAAUAAAAUGGAUCCAAUUUUCAAUCCUAUAAUACGGAAUGAUUCUAAAGAAUUAAAAUCUGCAAUCAUAAAUGAAAUGGAACAAAAAUUACGUAGUCUAAAUUUGAAUGAGCCAUACUCGAGGUUGAAUGAUGUUGUGGAUAUAAAGCAUGCCAAGAUAUGCGAAGUUGAUAAAAUUUGUGAUUUUGAGAGAGCUAAAGAUGACGUUUUUUACGAAAUAGGGAAAGAACCAAACGUGAAUGGACCUUUGGGAUUCACGAAUUCUAUAGUGGAUGCAUUUAUUAUGAGCUACUACGAAGGUAUGAAUAUUACAGAUAUUGCCUGGGGAAACAUGAGAACUUCAAAAGAGUGGAAAUUAUUCUCAGCUAUAACAAGAGGAAACAUGGACGUCAGAUUUAACAGUACUGUAUUAGCUAAAGAAGUAGCGAAACCAUUAUUAAAAUACAUUUAUAGUAUUUUAUAUAAAAAAUCGCCCAACUUUACUUUGCUUGUUGGACAUGAUUCAAACUUGAUGUCAGUUAUGGCGGCAAUAGGUUUUAAGCCGUAUGUGUUGCCAGACCAAUAUGAAGUCACGCCCAUCGGUGGUAAACUUGUUUUUCAAAGAUGGCAUGAUAGGAACACUAAUGAAGAUUUGUUAAAAAUUGAAUAUGUUUACCAAACAAUGGAACAGCUAAGAAACGGAGACGUUUUAACAGAACAAAAUCCUCCAAAAGUAAUAACAAUGCAUAUUGAUACCUGCGAAAAUGAUAUUGGUGGGUUUUGUAAGUGGAAUAGAUUUAUAUCUAUUUUGAAAUCUAGUUUUAGUUAGAUUCCCAAGU